UCUAAAGAGUUAUCUCCCUUGGUUUCUAAGCACGCACCUGUCCUAGUUCCAUGUACGUAGUGUGCAUAUCUCAAUAUGAUUUAGCUGUUCAGUGAUCGGUGACACUUUCAUUAUGUAGUUGCUCCUAAAUGGCAGACCUUACAUACUUAUUUGUACAACGUGAUCUUGAAAGCAGCGUAUACGCAGCCGUAGCAAAAUACCUGCAAAGAAGGGAAGAUAAAUCAUGGAAGAAAGUGGCGAAGGAUUCGACCAGGUUCAAUUUGAUGUUGGGUGACAGGAACAAGUUACCCUACAGCAAACUUGGUCAGAUACGAGGUAUUACUCAAGUUGUGAACUAUUACAGAGGCUCAGAUAUCAUCUGUCGAAAAGCAUCUUUGGUCAGAACACUAAAAGACUACUGCGAAAAGAAGAAACUGCGGAUGUUUGAGUGGAUGACGACAUCAUUUGUCAUCUACCCUCCAUGCGACGAGGAGGUGAAGGUCAUUGGUGAUGAAACCCUUGUACGCCGGAGACGAUCACGGAGUGACGAGCGAGACCAACUGAAGAAAUUUGCCGAGGGGAAGCCACGUGUGACAUGGAUUGCAAAGAGCUCCAGUGGAGCUAAAGGAGAUGGUAUCCGGAUCUCCAGUGAUGUAGAGAGCCUGGUCCAGAUGGUGGACAGUCAGAAGAAAGCCUAUGUUAUACAGCAGUAUAUUGACUCACCGCUGCUGCUGUCUGGCGGACGCAAGUUUGACAUCAGGUGCUGGGUGCUGCUUGACGCAACAUACACCAUCUACCUGUACAGAGAAGGUGUACUGCGCACGGCGUCAGAGGAGUACGCCCCAGACAGACUGGACCAUCUCACAGCUCACCUCACUAAUCACUCACUGCAACAGGAGUUGUCAGAAAACUUUGGCAAAUACGAAAUUGGGAAUGAAAUGUUUUAUGACGAGUUUGACAGCUUCCUCCAGGACAAUUAUGGAGUUGGCCUUGACACUGCCAUCCUGCCACAGAUCCGCUCCAUCAUCAAGAGCUGUCUGGGUAUUGUCCAGAGUAGUCUGAACACCACAGGGCUUGACUACUGGAGCUUCCAGUUGCUCGGCUUCGACUUCAUGGUGGACAGUGACCUCAAGGUGUGGCUGCUGGAAGUGAAUGGGGCACCGGCCUGUGCACAGAAGCUGUUGUCUGGCCUGGUACAGAGCCUUGUGGAGACAGCCAUUGAUCCUGUGUUUGUUCCGUAUGGGAGAGUGCAGCAUGGACCUAAUCUCUUCGAUCAAAUCUGAGGACUGCCAUCCUCCUUCUUCACUGCUUUGCUGUUGUACCCACAUGUGUUGAUGUGAAUGAAACUUUGUGAACAAAUCAAGCUGUCUCUCAGCUCUCUGAUCUGGUUUUGCUUUGGAAUAGUACUAAAUUUAAUACUAUUUCAUCAAUAUUCAAAACCGUGUUUAGGAGCAAGGAUAAUACAAACAAAUAAUAUUUGGUGCAUCAGUCUGUCUUCUGAGAGGCAUUGCAAGCAUGGGAUUGUGAUGGCCAGGAACAGUGAAUG